UCAGGUGAGGACCCAGCAGCCUAUGACAUCCUGGCUAACCCCCCAGGACCAGGAGAGGAGGAGGAGGAGGACACCAGGCAGGGAUUUGAGUUUGAGUUCUCUGACCGACCCCUCCUCCCCUGCUACAACAUCCAGGUCUCCCUCUCACAGGGGUAAGUGUGUGUCGUUAUGAGCCCCAGAAAUACCCUUUUUCCUUUCAGUUCCGACUAUAGUUUUUAAUAGGUUUCUGUCCUGCAGUAAGCAAAAUAAUUAGCUUUAGUCCAUCCACCUGUGACCACCCAUUACAUUACAACAGUAUUGUCACCGUUACCAAGCCCAGCCCAGCCACAUUAUGAUAGUGUUGUUGUUCUCACCAGUCCCUUACACUUCACUGCAUGUUGGGUUCCAUCCCUCCAUCCGUCCCUCCUCUCCCCCGUUCCAGUGUGUUAUUAAGCAGACGAGAGGAGAGAUCAUUAUGACCAGGGUAUCGAUAAAGUCAUUAGUCACACCGACCUGGGGGAGGGAGGAGAGGAGGAAGGGGUCAUUAGUCACACCGACAGGGAGGGGGGGGGGUGGGGGGGGGGUCAUUAGCCGGGGGGCUCGCCACAGGAGGAAAUUAUUUAUGUUAAGGGAGGGAGACUAGUAGAAGCAGAGCUCUUUAAUACUGUGGGUUGCUCUGAUAUGAGGAAGAAGAAAAAUGAGGGGGUUAGAGAGAGAGAGAGAGAGAGAGAUGGAGAGGAACAGAGAGGGUGGGGAGAGACAGGAGGAGUGGGAUUGUUAGAGAGAACGAUGGGAGGAUUGAUAGAGGGAUGGUAGAGAAAGAGAGGGGAGGAUUGAUAUAAUGAUGGUGGAGAAAGAGAGGGGAGGAUUGAUGAUGGUGGAGAAAGAGAGGGGAGGAUUGAUAUAAUGAUGGUGGAGAAGAGAGGGGAGGAUUGAUAUGUGGUGGAGGAGGGGAGGAUGAUUGAUGAGUGGUUUGAUUGUCGACGAGCGGGCGCUUGAUCGAGGGAUGGUGAGCGGGGCGGCUUGCUCGCGGGCGGGUUGCGUCUGCUCGCUCUGGUCGGAGGAUGUCUCGGGGCUGGUAGCCCGCGGGGGAGGCUUGCUAGAGGGAUGUUUGUCGCCCGAGGGCGAUUGCUCGCGGGAUGGUGGCGAAGCGGGGAGGAUUGAUAGGGGCUGGUGGAGAAAGGCUUGCUCGGAGGAUUGUAGAGGGCUGGGUCUGAGAGAAAUAUAGAGGGGAAGAUGGAGAUUGAAGCUACGCAGCACGGCGGACUGCCGUUAGCUAGAGACGUAUGUGAAUGCAGACAGCGCUAAUUGCCUCCCACACCGUUUUCCUCCUGGCCUCGUCACACACCCUCUCUCCCUCCACUCUCUCUCUUCCUCCCCUCUCUCUCUUCCUCCCCUCUCUCUCAUUCUCUCCGUCUUGGCUGCAGCGCACUGUUCUGUGUAAUCUUCAGUCUGAGCACCGCUCGGCUCCGCUCUCUCUCUCUAUCUCUCAGCGGAGCUCCCCUCCCCCACUUUCUCUCUCUCUCUCUGCUCUCGUUCGCUCUCUCCUCUUGUCUCUCUCGGCUCGCUCUGCUCUUCUGGCUGAUGCAGUAUUAAUGGAUCUCCUGGGCUGUGAGGCCGGCCUGCGCUCACAAACACACACACACACACACACACACACACGGAGGCCCUCGGCAGCACUUGCUUUUCCACUCCUCUCCCCAUUCAGCUGCUCCCCAGCCGCAACGCUACACAUCUAACCAUUUCAAGUGCUAUCGAUUGAACAGCGCAUGUUGUUCGUCACCUACCCUACCGUGUGUGUGUGUGUGUGUGGGGGGGGGGGGGGGGGGGGGGGUUACACACAUCCAUUCUCACAUAAGGAUUAUUCACACACCAACUGAAUUCACAGAGCGCCCCCCAGAAAAGCCUUUGUGUUUAUACGUGUGUGACAGAUGUUGAAAACCCCAACCACGGUGCUACAGCCCAUAAUUACAGCAAGUGUUGAAAAGCUGGAGCCACCGGUCUCACAUCACAAGUGUAGAGCUGUGCUAACCCGUUCCCCCUCUCUCUCUCCCCCUCUCCUUCUCUCUCUUCCCCCCCUCAGUCCCAGAAACUGGCUGCUCCUAUCAGAUGUCCUGAAAAGACUCAGAAUGUCCUCCAGGGCUUUCAGGGCAGCCUUUGCCCACCUGGAGGUAGCAACCAUCGCCGAGGCGGAGUUCUACAAGCAGGCAUCCCUGUCGCAGCUCUUCUCGUGCCCCGACGAGCUCGCCGCCUUCCUCCCCGACAGCAAGGAGCUGCUGGACCUGGUUGAGACCUGCUCGGAGCUGGCCGCGCUGCUCGGCUCCUCGCUAGAGUGUUUGGACAGCCGAUGGGAGCCCAAAGUGGCCCGGGCCAAAGCUAAGGCCCGCUCG